AUACAGAAGGGGAGAAGAAAAGGGAAAAAAAGUCCUUUUUUUUUGUUGUUGUUUCCCUUUAUAACAACAAAUAAAAAGGGGAGACCCAGUCCCCCCCCCCAUAAAAAAAAGUAAAGAGGGGGGGAGACAAUAGAUAUUGUAUAGGAGUUUUUUUUUUCUUCAGGAGACAACAUACAAAAAAAACACCCCUCGGUGAAACACUGAGACAUGUAUUAAAAAAAAUAGAUUUAAGUCUGCCUAUCCUCUCAUCUCUCUCUUUUUGUUCUUACACACACACACACACACACAAUGUCCGACAUACCUUCAAGAAAGAUUGUUAUUGCCUAUGACCAAUCCAUUGUGGGUAUCAAGGUACUAGAAUGGAUCAACGAUCACCAUAUCCUGCUACCCAAUGAUGAUGUGACAGUUGUGUUGGCCAUUAAUGAGGAUUACAGCCGGAUUGAGGGUCCCGGUGGUUGGCAGGCAGUGGGUGGCUCUGGCGGUGUCAAUGCAGUCAAUUCCUAUCGGGAAGCCAUUCGUGUCUUUGAGAGAGAGGGACAAGAGCAUCUGAACGAAGCUCUCUUUGCUAUUGUACAAACAGGCGUUAAAAACGUAAAAUCAGAAAUCUUGAGAGGUCAUGCUGCAGAGGAAAUCACUAAAUACGCUCGUGCUCAACACCCUGAUAUUGUCAUUUGUGGUAACCGUGGCAAUGGUUACUUGAAGAGAAAAUUAUUGGGCUCAGUGUCAGAGUAUCUUACACAUCAUCUUGACUGCACAGUCAUGGUUGUGCGUGCCCCCAACAAAUAAUUAUUAAAAAAACCCCACCUGAUAAUAUUUACUUAUAAAAACACCUUGUGAUGAUAUUUCGUCAUAAUACAUUGUAUAUAUACAUAUAUAAAAAAAAAGGU